GCCGUACACACCGGAAAUCAGGGGCUUCAGUGUUUUGGCGGGCGCGACCGGACUAAGGCUAACUGGCGCCGUCACUUGACAGCGGUCCCUGUGGCGGACUACUGUCUUGCUUGGGGGCCGCUGCCCGGCCAUCCCAAAAAGGUGCCCGCGACUCGCUCUGCUUGCAGGAAGAGGUGAAAACGUGCAGACAAGCAGUCGGAAGAGUGUUUUCAUCUCUGGCCACCAAGCAGGCACCCUCUGCUUCGAGUGGUAGGAAAGUUUGAGCCCUUUCUUGGCCAGGGAUUCCACCCACACAGCAGGUUGACAGAGGUUCAGGGGGAUGAUGAUGCUCGGGGCCAGCCAGUGUGUGAGGACAUGGCACCCUUGCCUGUGGUUGGUGGAGUGGACACAGGGAAGCCUUUGUGGAAGACCAUUUGCUGGCGUGUGUCAGCACCUCAGACUCCAUGUGAUGGACGGGUCCUCUGGGUCGCCACCCCCCUAUCAGUGGACCACGUGGAGACGGAUGGAAGGAGCCAGCCCUCUCUGACCCCCCACAUUCAGUGUCAGCAGGCUUGGAGGAUGCUCAGCCAGGUGAGGCCCUGAGAGCCCUGGGAGAUGAAGUUCGGCUGUCUGUCCUUCCGACAGCCUUAUGCAGGUUUCAUCUUAAAUGGUGUCAAGACCCUGGAGACGCGGUGGCGGCCCAUGCUACGCAGCCACCAGCACUGUACCCUGGCAGUCCACAUCGCACACCGGGACUGGGAAGAUGAGGCCUGGCGGGAGCUGCUGGAGCAGAGGCUGGGGAUGAGCCCCACCCAGAUCCAGGCCUUGCUGUGGGACGGGGACAAGUUCGGCCGCGGAGUGAUCGCGGGUCUCGUGGACAUUGGGGACACUUUGCAGUGCCCAGAAAACCUAGAUCCCAAAGAGAUGGAGGAGCUGGAAAAUCAAGCCCUGUUGCCUGAUCUGCGACAGAAAUACCUGACUGUGCUCUCCAACCCCCGCUGGCUGUUGCAGCCUGUCCCUAGAAGGGGCGGGAAGGACAUCUUCCUGGUGGACAUCCCCCAGCAUCUGAUCCCCUUUGGGCAGGAGGCCUGUCCAAGCUGAGCUUUCAAAAGGUGACAAGAGACCAGCACAUGGUGACACUGUCGUCACCAUUGCACCCUGGACGUGCCCGUCUGGUUCAGUCUGAAUUGGCCCCACCCUGGAAUGUGCUGCCAACUUUGUGUGGGUCGGGGUGCCGGGACACCCCUCGUUCAGUGCUGCUCUGGACUCAGCAGGAGUCUCCCGGACUUUGACCUUUACGAUAAGAUGGCGUUGCCAUUCAUUUUGGCCCUGCUGGGUCUGGGUGGUUGAGAGAAAUGUGUUGAUAGGAAACCGCUUAGUGUUUUUCCUCUCUGUUCUGGUCCAGACUCGCCGAUGUUGGAACAGUGUCCAGGGGGCAAUGGGGGAAGGCUGGGGGCCAGGCUGUGUGUCGGCAGGUGGAGAGGCAUCCAGCACACAGAGAGGCCCACAGGCCCAGAAACAGGCCCCUGGAUCGGGAGCUAGAGAUGCUCAGCUGCUGAUCAGAAAGUUGUGGCAUUGUUGGGGGACCCUUGAGGAGCCCCUUCUGCUUCAGGGUGCAAGACUCAAGGAAGGUGACACCCCCAAGAUCAGGAGCCCGGCUGGGCCAUCUGCUGAGUGGCAGGCAAGGCCCAGGGACCAGCCUGUCCUGGGCUCGCCUCAGCGCUCGGCUUGUGGGUCAGACCCUUGGCCGAGCGUGUGAAAUGCUGCUGCUUCAGUUGAAAAGGAACCAUGGGGACCGGACUGAAGCCUGCCUGGGGCAUGGGCUUCCAGCCUCAUCUGGUUCACCCUGUGCCAUGUGUGAAUAGCAUGGACAGACAGAAAGAAGGGAGACUCACAGUUCUCAUUCAAUUUUUUAUUUACUCCUGUGGAGUUUUGCUCUACUUUAUUACAGCCAGAAAUCUAUUUGAUUACAAGAGAGUACUUUUGAGUGUCCCUAGGGACCUAGCAGUCAGGGAUUGGGCUUGUCCUUGACCUGCUCACAGAGGACACACUUGUAAUCUGAGGACUCUCCCUGCUCCUCCUCCACCUCAGGGGCCUCGUUUGGGGCCAUGACUGAAAGGGCCACCAUCAGGAUGGAGUAGCAGGUGUUGUGCAAAGCCAUCACUGAAUCAUAAUCUGGGUACUCGGGGGGGCUCUCGGGCAGUUCCCCUGCUCCAUCCCUUCCAGAAGUAGCUGGGGGCACAGACGUGGCAUUGCUGGACGUGCCCUCUCCGCUGUGACCGCCCUGCUCGCUGGGGAGAUAGUUUCUCCCGGCCCGCCCAGCUACACUGCCCAUAGACCAAAGGCCAGAGAAUACAAAUGAGCACCAGCUGGGGGUUCUGUGAGCAGGUGGUGUUCCCUUCUGGACUUUCUUGCUCGCCUCUUGGGUGCACUGGUUGUGGUGGAGUCGAGGAGAGUGUCUGGUUGCCACUGCUCACUUCUUUCUCUUCGUGGUCGCUGUUGUGCUGGCAGCAGGCUGAGCAGUUGUUCCCGGGUCGCCUUUCCUCUGGAUGUUCUGCAGGAGGAGAGGCUUGUCUCUCUGAAAGUUGGAGUUGGGAUAGACCUGAAAGGAAAUGAAUCACUUUAGCCAUCGGGUGGGAGAAGAGCCCUUCCUCGCUGCCCUCCUCCCCACCACCAUCCCAGCCUUGCCUAACUGUGGAGACAAGGUCUCUUCAUUCCUGGCAGGUUACGAGUCCCUAGCAUGUUGUUCCCUAGAGCUCCCCUGGGGCUGUCUUCACUUGAGGUGUUACUGGCCCUCCCUGACAUCAAGUGGCCUCUCAAGGUUUGGGGUCACCACUGUGGGUCCUGUCUAAGAGGGGUGGUAGAACACAACACAUCCUGCUUUCUCCUCUUUCCUUAACCACCCUCUUAUGAGAAGAAUUUUUCGUGGGAAAUGAAACCCAUCCAGCACUCAGCUUGUCUAGUCUAGUCUCUGCAGAAGGGCUUUCUGUGUUACCAUCAUCAUCUUCUUCCCUGCAGAGUGACCCGAAGGGCAGAUUUUACUGAACCCAUACAGGUUCAGUUCACUGAUGAAACUCUUGAUGCUGUCUGUCUCGAAGAUCUGGUCCAUGCCUCUGUGCUGGAGGACCUCCAUCUGGAAGAGAUCUACUCUGAUGACCACCAUGUCUUCCUCGUCAUUCCAGCAUGCAGAGGUGAAGGCCACAUCCUCCACAAUCCUCCAGAGCUUCCUGGGGAAGGACAGCCUGAGGAUGGCGUUGUUCUCUUCCUCCUUGGCUGUUUUUGGGUUCAGGCCCUGUGGGGGCAAAUUGUCUUGGAGGCUUGGAUCUUUGCUCUCGGGUUGCUCACCCUGCUUCUCCAAAACCUCCCCUCAGUCCACGUUUAGAUCUGGGGAGAAAUCACGGGAGUCCCCUGAUGCAGGUUCCCCAUCAGUUGAUGGGACCAGCCAGGCUGCGUGUGCCUCAUGGGAACUCUGACUAGCCAUGGAGCCAGUCUAGCUCAGGAGCAUUCUCUACCCAAGUAGUGAAUGCUCGGGGCAGAAGGGCCUCAGACCAGGGUCGGGGUGCCAAAUAAAUACUGUCUGGAGAUUCUAGAAUCUGGAUCGUGGGACAGGCAGCCAAUUAAGUGAUCUGCUUCCUUAAAUGAUAACAGUAUUUAUUUUUGAGGAUGAAAGUGAGGUUCAGGAAGGGGGUCAAAUAUGGACUUUUGCUUUUUACUCAAUUGUAUCAUUUAAUAUUAUAAAUAUUAGAUAAAUGUUUGUCCAAGUAAAUAAAAGGAUAAAUAUAUGUCACUUACCAUUCAAGAGGGCAAAUAAGACACAAACAAUACCUGUAGAAUGAUCCCAUUUAAAUAAACCACAUUGUAUAUGUA